AUGAUCGCAGGUCAGAAGCAGAAGCAGAAUAUGGCGGCAGGAUCACCUCCUACUCACCCAGGCUUUGGCACCUCUGGGAAGAGCUUCCUCAUCGACAACCUGCUGCACUCUGCAUUGCCAUCCUCUUCCUCAACCUCUUCCUCAUCCUCUUCCUCGCCCACCUCAAAUGGACCAACAAGUGGGCUCUUCAACGGGCUCCCGACCGGCCCCCACAGGAGAACCUGGGGCCCUCAGCAUGUUGUCUAUGAGGGCCAGAGUAAAAACUGUGAACGAGUCAAAGACAGAGGGCUUCCUCCUCGGCCAAACUCAGGUACAAUGGCAUAUAAUACACUACAUGAUGAUAGUAUUGUAUUAUAUUAGUGAUUGUGAGAUCUAGUGUGUAGGCCCUUGAAACCAUACAUGGGGAAAAUGUGAUUUGAUUUUGUUUGGUGUUUACGAUUUAUAUAUACAUAUAUAUAUAUAUAUAUAUAUAUAUAUAUAUAUAUAUAUAUAUAUAUAUAUAUAUAUAUAUAUAUAUAUAUAUAUAUAUAUUGUCUAUUUAAAAUUGAUACGCUUUAGAUUAGACCAAACCAGUUAUUUUGAUUCUGUGCUCUCCCUCGUGAAAAUACAUGCAACAUGAUUUGAAACAUUUAGAAUCAGUCUAAAUGAAAAUACAGAAAAUACUUAUUGUUCAGAACAAAUCCUAUUUAUAUAGAUUUCUCAUUAAAAAGACACAGUAAGGAAGUGUAACCACUUCAUCCUAUCAAUUUAUUCUUCCAUGCCUUCAGUUCAAAAUAUCAGAUACAAAUUCCAUUUGCUAUAUUACCAUUUUGGUAACACUUUAUUUGGAUAGUCCAUCUGCAGAUGCUCCACUAACUAUCAGUAACAUUUCAACUAACCUUAAUCCUUAUUCUAAACCUAACUUAUCAACAUAUAGUUUUGUUGAUAGUAUGACCAUCUGUAGAGCAUCUACAUUUUAGUCAUUUAGCAGAUGCUCAUAUCCAGAGCGACUUACAGUUAGUGAGUGAAUAUAUUUUUCAUACUGGCCCCCUGUGGGAAUCGAACCCACAACCCUGGCAUUGCAAGCACCAUGCUCUACCAACUGAGCUACAUGGGAGGCUACAGAUGGACUAUCUAGAAAAUAAAGUGUGACUGACAUUUUCUUUAUGUGUUUUACUUUUAACAAAGUAAAUACAAUUCAAAAAAAUUAGAAACUUUAUCUUAUCUGCAGGUUAUGAUGUAUAUUUAUUACAAAUAAUACCCAUUCUAAAAGAUAACACGUAGUUAUACACAUGGCAAUAACGAAAGUCAAACAUUUUAGUUUUUACAUUUUAGUUGCUCCUCUAAUGUUUACCGUUUGACUACCCAAAACAUGCAAUAUGUAAUGUUUUUAUUGAAUGAAUGGAUUUUGUUACCAGAGAAAUGUAUAAGCUUCCAUCUCAAAUCAAAUCAAAUUGUAUUGGUCACGUACACAUAUUUAGCAAUGUUAUCGCGGGUGUAGCGAAAUGCUUAUGUUCCUAGCUCCAACAGUGCAGUAAUACCAGACAAUACAAAACAAUACACGCAAAUCCAAAAAAAUUAAAAGAAAGGAAUUAAGAAAUAAAGAAAUAUUAGAACAAGCAACGUCAGAGUCCGGAAUAUAAAUAUAUAUGUAUAUGAUCAGUAUGAAAAUGUAUGCACUCACUAACUGUAAGUCGCUCUGGAUAAGAGCGUCUGCUAAAUGACUAAAAUGUAAAAUGUAAAUUGUGUGUAUAGACAUUAUGGACAGUAUAUGAAUAGAAAAGGUGUGUACAGCAGAGGUUUUAUAGGAUAUGCCUUGACUAGAAUACAGUAUAUACACUGAGUGUAUAAAACAUUAGGAACACUUUCCUAAUAUUGAGUUGCACCCCCGUUUGCCCUCAGAACAGCCUCAAUUCGUCGGGGCACUGACUUUAUAAGGUGUUGAAAGCAUUCCACGGGGAUGCUGGCCCAUGUUGACUCCAAUGCUUCCCACAGUUGUGUCAAGUUGGCUGGAUGUCCUUUGGGUGGUGGACCAUUCUUGAUGCACAUGGGAAACUGUUGAGCGUGAAAAACCCAGCAACGUUGCAGUUCUUGACACACUCAAACCGGUGCACCUGGCACCUACUACCAUACCCUGUUCAAAGGCACUUAAAUAUUUUGUAUUGCCCAUUCACCCUCUGAAUGGCACACAUACACAAUCCAUGUCUCAAUUGUCUCAAGGCUUUGAAAUCCUUCUUUAACCUGUCUCCUCCCCUUCAUCUACACUGAUUGAAGUGGAUUUAAGGGAUCAUAGCUUUCACCUGGAUUCACCUAAUCAGUCUACGUCAUGGAAAGAGCAGGUGUUCCUAAUGUUUUGUACACUCAGUGUACAUAUGAAGUGGAUAACAUCCACCAGUAGUUAUAAAGUGAGAGAGGCACUCUUAACUGCACCAUUAAGUAUCUCUCCUAUUCCCUUUGAGCAACUGUACAGAAUAAUGGAACAUGUGGGGAAAAUCUACCAGGAAACUCCAGUAUAUAAAAUCCAGUAUAAUUAAGUGUGUGGGGCUGGGGGAAGUAAUACAAUCCACUUAAAGAGAUCCUGUCUUUCACCUUAUAUGUCUCUCUGCCCAUGUUAUUUUUUACUUUAACUCUUCCCCUCUCUCCCUAUUCUCUCUCCCUUUCCCCCAUAUCUCUCUCUCCCCCCCUCUCUCUCUCCCUCCUUCCCCCCUCUCCCUCUCUCUCUCUCCUCUCUGCAGGCCUGUUGAGCAGUGUGUUUCUGCGGGGCCCUCAGUACGUGCUGGCAGCAGUGUGCUGUGGUGGGUCCAGCCCUCCACCUGUCUUCUCCAGUGAGUGUUUAAUACUUCAUCAGCGAUGCCUCAGCCCCUCUCUCAGCAUUAACAGCAGGGUCUCCCAUACUCUCUACGGCUAAUUACUGAUGCAAUGCCAAGCAGCUAAUUCUCCACUCAACUCUCUGCACUGCUAUUCAUGACCAUUCACGGCUAUUUAGACCAUUUAGGGGUGGGGUGGGAAGGAGGUUGUGGAGCGGGAGGGGGGGUGCAUUUAUGGGCAUUGAGGCCCCCAUUUGCACUCAUAUAGAUACGCACACUGGUUCACUCAAAUAUGCAGAGCAUCUCGUCUCUGUUAGAUUAGGACUGUAAUGACUAGUGGUAUGCCACUGUAACAUCCUGUUAUUGGUCUCUGUGUGACAUUCGUAUUGCUUUCAGUGAGCUGAGCCUCAGCACAUAGGACCGUUUGGCUGAUAGUUGGUCCAACUGUGAUAAUUGAAUCAGUGUGACCAAACUGCUAAUGUUCCAACCUGCCAAAGGAGGGGAUUGUUUGUGUUUAUGAGGCUCUUAAAAUGAUUUAGUGUAGCUGAUUAUCAGAAAACAUUUCCAUGAAACCAGCAUCUAUAUGGAUUUGAGUUGUGUUAUGUAAUUGGAUUUAUUGUAUAAUCUGUAUUAACCUUUCAUAGUGAAAGUCUCAUGAUGAGGGAAGCAUUGAUUUCUCCUAACUUCUGUCAGGGUUGUGAUGCUAGUUGCUAGGUCCUUUGACUCCUGACAAGUGAGGCAGCAAAUAUAAUCCCUCAGUAGACCCCCCCCCCGGUUCCCUGAACCCUCUUAGUGGGCUGACACUUUCCCACAGUGCCCAGCAACAGGACAAUGCCAUGCCCAGCCGUGACCAAUCAGCACUUUCACUCCCCCAUCCACACACGACCCCGCUGCAAUUUUUCACCGCAGCAAUGAACUCUACAAAGCACAAAAACACAGAAAACAGCUAUUCCUCUGCAGAAAGGGGGCUGCCCACUAGCUCUUUGUGUGGACACAGAACCCAGCUCCUCAACUCCCUCCUUUCUCCUGUCACCUCACUCUCAUUCCUGUCCAUUUAAAGCCCCCUGACUGGAACAUAAAACACUCAAUGUAAGUGUAUAGACUUAUUCGAGCUCAUCUUCCCAUAGAACCGGGCCCAUACCUGCAAGAGAAAAUAUUUAGUGAGGAGCGCUGAGCCAGUGAGUUGUGUUCUUUCAAUGAACAGCCUUUUUGGCAGGUCCCUCAGGGUUGUGCACUCAGACCAAGAGAGGGGGGACACACACGUAGCCCCCGGGAGUGACCUGUUAAUCGUCCAUUUAAGUGGAAGCAAUUGAGGCCUGAGGAGCGCAUCUAAACCGGUUACUCGCACCCCAGAGGUGGUCUGGUGGUCUGGUGGUCUGUGUGCAGAUUUGUCGUGCACCCCAGAGGUGGUCUGUGUGCAGAUUAAAAAGGCAUUGCUCAAUGGGAUUUGGUAAAAUGUUCCACUUGACUCUUGUUGUGCGUGAGUGAGGCAGCGUGGGAUUGCUCUUCACCAAAUCUCUUUCUCCCUGGUGAAAACUGGUCUCCAUUCUCUCUUUAGUCACCCUCAUUUUGUUAAAUUAGACAGAUUGAAGCAAAGUAAGUAGUGGAGAGUAAGUGUGUAUAAGAUUGACAGAAAAUGGACACAAUCCAUGUAGAUAGUGAGUGAGGAAGUAAGCCAGUUAGUAGAUGAGUGAGUCUGCCUUUUACACUGAACAAAAAUAUUUAUCUCAAAUUGUGUGCACAAAUUAGUUUAUAUCCUUGUUUGAGCGAGUGUGCAAUUGACAUGCUGACUGCAGGAAUGUCCACCAGAGCUGUUGCCAGAUAAUUUAAUGUUAAUUUCUCCAACGUCAUUUUAGAGAAUUUGGCAGUAUGUCCAACCGCCUCACAACCGCGGACCACAUGUUUGGAGUCAUGUGGGCGAGCGGUUUGCUGACGUCAACGUUGUGAACAAAGUGCCCCAUGGUGGCAGUGGGGUUAUGGUAUGGGCAGGCAUAAGCUACAGACAACAAACACAAUUGCAUUUUAUCAAUGGCAAUUUGAAUGCACAGAGAUACCGUGACGACAUCCUGAGGCCCAUUGUGAGGCCCAUUUUUUAAAGGUAUCUGUGACCAACUGGGGGCUCCCGAGUGGCGCAGCAGUCUAAGGCACUGCAUCUCAAUGCUAGAGGUGUCACUACAGACCCUGGUUUAAUUCCAGGCUGUAUCACAAUCCGGCUGUGAUUGGGAGUCCCAUAGGGCGGCGCACAAUUGGCCCGGGGUAGGCCUUCAUUGUAAAUAAGAAUUUGUUCUUAACUGACUUGCCUAGUUAAAUAAAGGUUAAAUAAAAAAAAAUAUAAAAAAAAUAUCUGUAUUCCCAGUCAUGUGAAAGCCAUAGAUUAGGUAGGGCCUAAUUAAUGUAUUUCAAUUGACUGAUUUACUCAUAUGAACUGUAACUCAGUAAAAUCUUUGAAAAAUGUUGCAUACUGCGUAACAUUUUUUGUUAAGUAUAUAAUCAGUAUGACGAUGUAUUCAGUGCUUUGGACUGGACUGGAUAUGAUAGCCAGAGUAAUAAUGCAUUUGAAUACCAAUCUGAGCAGAUCAUUUGCCCAUUCAUUAAUUUGGAUGAUUUUCUAUUUCAGUCCACAAAAUGCUUUCUUGUUAUUGACUUCAUUCACAUUACAUACAUUUCCAUAUUAAAAUAUUGGUAUUUGUAUCUUUAGUAGGGCAAUGUGCCAUUGCAUUCAUGCAACAGAGAACAUCCAUAAUAACACAAUGCAAUAAAUUACAUUUGCCUUUCCUCAAGUCAGGUUAUUUUUAGCUGGAAUACAAACAUUAAUAUGAAUGAUUCUGACCUCUGACCUUCCAGAGGGAGCCAAUAUUCUGAUGUGGUCCCCGGAUACGAGUCCCAAAUCCCGGCGAGGGAUCCUGAGGAGGGCGGUGUUCUCUGAGGAACAGAGGAAGGAGCUGGAGAAAACAUUCAAAAAACAGAAGUACAUCAGCAAGACAGACAGGAACAAACUGGCAGCAGAUCUCAGCCUGAAGGAAUCCCAGGUAGGAUACCAUAUGCUGUAUCUACAGUCUAGGUCGGAGAUCACCAUUACAACCCCAUUUUACAUCCCAUGCUACAUCAUAUUUUUUCUCAUCUCACCUCCUCAUUGCAUGCAAACACAUCUUACUGGGUCUUACUUGGGUGCUCCAGCCUAGAUUUAGUAAAUAUCUAGAGUCACUUCUAUUGUAAGUGUCCCUCAUCUUAAAAUGUUAUUACAAUACUGCGAUCACUACUGUGAUAAUUGUAAGAAGUAGACCAAGAUGUCAUACGCUCUAAGCUUUUGUCUAAAGUGCUGGGAAAGUGGUCAACAUUUCAGUUGUUUGUAAAAGUUGACAGAAAAUGUAGUUGAGGCGGUUACUAAAACAGCUGUAACGUUUGAUUGGUAGAAGAUAUUUCUGUCUGAUUUUACAUUUGAAAAGCAGAGAAGUAGACUAAGAUUGCAUAUGCUCUAAGUGUUUGUCUAAAUUGACUUCUUACCUGUAGAGAAUUAUAAUUGUGGCACUUCAAACAGACUGAGUUAACAGAGAUAAUGCUCCCUGCUGUAUCAUAGACUUAGAUUUGACUAAACAAAACGACUGGCACCUCAAUAUGAACCUCUCACUGACCUGUGUGUCUACUGUAGGUGAAGAUCUGGUUUCAGAACCGGAGGAUGAAGUGGAGGAACUGUAAGGAGAAGGAGGCCCACAGCGGCCGCUCCCCCAUGGAGGAGCUCAUGUCCCGGGGCUGCAACCAGGAAGAGGAACGCAAGGGGGCACCAGAGAGCACGGGCACGCCAUCAGACAUCUCACCAUCACAGCAGCGGGACACGGACACAGGAGUUACCACAGAGAAAGAGCCAUGCAAGGAACCUGUGACUUUGCUACAGCCACUGAGUCCGCACAGACACAUUAUGACCUCUGACUGCUGA